AGUCAUUUUUCGCUAAAAUUUUGUAGGCUGCUAUUUUAUUAUCUAGCGCGGAUAAAAAACAAAUAUUUAUAGUCCAUCGAUGUUUGUAUACAGCAGCACAUUUGAUUACACUUGAGACGCCGCUGGUUUAACGGUUAUCUUUCAAUUAGUUUCUGUGAUGAUUGUGAAAUUCAAAAGUUUACUCUUGUUUUGAUAGUUCAAAUUUUAGUCAUGACUGACUCCAUCCCUGAUAGGACUGACGUUCACUUCCCAAAAAUAUUUAAAGGUUACGAAUUUCAAUUGUUGGGAUUGACACCAGAAAUUGAAGAAAGGUACCGAAAGAUAGUUACGGAUCUUGGAGGAAAAGUUUCCAAUCAAAGUGGUUAUGCACUUACUACUAGAGAUCAUGUUGUAAAACUUCUCAAAUCUACAAAAAAUGAUAACAAUUUACUCAAUGUUACACGAAUGUAUAAAAUCUUAUAUCUCCUUCAUUCGAUAGAAGCUAGAAAGCCGUUACCAAUAGACUUAUACAGAUUUGAAAGUGUAAAAAAACAAGCUGAAGAAAAAACAAAUAAACGAAGUUUUCAACAACUCCUGCAGGAAGAACAGCAAGAAAAAUUUACUCAAAAACCACACAAGAGAUUGAAAAUUGAUAGUAGUUCUAGUGAAGAAGAAGAUAUCAUACCUGCUUCAAAUGAUUCAUCUAUUUCUAUUGAAUCUAAAAUAAAACUUACACCCAAUGGAAGCAUAAAUAAUCAUAGCAUAAAUGUUGAAAACAUAAGCGAGAGUUUGGAAUCAGAGGCAAGACUUAGGCACAAUAGUAUCACAAAUAAUAGAACUAUAAGCAAGAGUGAUGAUGAUAGUAUUGAAAAUAAUGGUGGUGAUGAUAGCAUUGAAAGUAUUGGUAGUAAUGAUGAAGAACGUUUUAUUGAGAAUAGUUCCAAAUGGUGGAUUAGUCAAGAUAUACCCGAAAAUGCUAGAUGUAAACAAGAUCUAUGUACUUUUUCACCAGAAAUACAUAGAUCACAUGGGAAACCACAAUAUUCAUUGAACUUGUUCGAGCAAAGAAUUAUGCUUGCAUUCAUAAUCAAAUUCAAUGUGAUAGAUAAAAUCAAAGGAGGAAAAAUUUAUAAAGAUAUGGGAAAAUGUGGGUAUUUAACCCACCGUACACAUGAAACUUUGAGGAAUAAUAUGAGGAGAUCAAUAAUGCCUAAAAUUAAUACAUAUGGGUUACCAGAAAAUAUUUUAAAGCAAUUCGAAGAAUACAAAUAAUUAACGGUGCAUAUAAAAAUACUAAAUGAAAUUUUUCAGUAUUGUUAGAUCUAUUUUUUUUUUACUUUUAUUAAUAUUUUGACUAGCUUGAAAAUCUAACGUGUUCAAAUCUUUAAGUAUUCAAAAUACCAUUUUGAAUUAAAUAGCGAUAAAA